GGUUUGACCUUGAUGACACCUGAGUUGGAGGCCAUGUUCAAGUCCAUGCUAAGUGGAAAAGUGCCGGAGAUGUGGAUGGGCAAGAGUUAUCCAUCCCUGAAGCCGCUGGGAGGCUACGUUCAAGAUCUCGUCAAUAGGAUCAAAUUUUUUACGGAUUGGCUGGAGAACGACGCUCCUGCUACUUUCUGGAUGUCGGGCUUCUUCUUCGUACAGGCCUUCCUGACGGGGGUGCAGCAGAACUUCGCCCGCAAGUAUGCCAUUCCCAUCGACCUCCUCACCUUCAGCUAUGACGUCAUGCCUAUGAGUCACUACGAUCUGGCCCCAGUUAAUGGUGCCUACGUGAAGGGAUUGUUUGUGGAUGGUGCUAGAUGGGACCUUGAGGAAAACAUUCUGGCCGAAUCAAUCCCUAAGAUUCUCUUCUGUCCAAUGCCAGCGAUCUGGUUGAUCCCGUGCAAGAAGGACGAGCUGGCCGCCAAGCAGACGUACACCUCCCCGGUGUACAACACGAGCGAAAGAAGGGGGACCCUCUCAACUACCGGCCAUUCGACAAACUUCAUCAUUGCCAUGGACCUGCCCAGCAACCUGCCGGAAGAACAUUGGAUCGGUAGGGGUGUGGCUCUCCUCUGCCAGCUGGAUAACUAA